GCCCAGGUCACCAAAGGUCACCAAAGGUCACCAAAGGUCACCAAAGGUCACCAAAGGUCACCAAAGGUCACCAAAGGUCACCAAAGGUCACCAAAGGUCACCAAAGGUCACCAAAGGUCACCAAAGGUCACCAAAGGUCACCAAAGGUCACCAAAGGUCACCAAAGGUCACCAAAGGUCACCAAAGGUCACCAAAGGUCACCAAAGGUCACCAAAGGUCACCAAAGGUCACCAAAGGUCACCAAAGGUCACCAAAGGUCACCAAAGGUCACCAAAGGUCACCAAAGGUCACCCUUUGGGGAUGA